CCCUCGCAGCCUGGACGGACACUCACAGUGCCCUGUGGACCUGGCGGCCCCAGAGAGGGAGAAACUCACCUCUGACUGAGAUCAACUGGAGUCACGCUGGGCUCUGCCACUUACCAACUGUGUGACAUCGGUCUCCUUGUGCCUCAGUUUCCUCAUCUGUAAAACGGGAAUAAUAUUACCAUCAAUUUCACGGCGUCAGAGAGGAUUAAAGGUGCCUACACUUUUUCCUCCCGCAGCGUAACACACAUCAGCCAGACGCCCUGUCCCUGUGAGGAUGGAAAAGAGCGGAGAGACCGCUUCCAACGUGGCGACAUCAGAGACAGCUCCCAUCUUCCAAGGUGAAGAUGUGGAGCCACACGAUAGCAAUCUGUCCCCGGAAGAAAGAAUAUUUUUGAAAGAGUUUCCCAUGAUGAAAGCGGAACUAGAAAUGGCCAUCAGAAAGCACCGUGCCCUCGCAGACGAGAUCGACCAAACCCACAAAAACCUCACCCAGAGAAGCCUGGUGACCAACUCGCUCGCUGUGGUCUCUGGAACCAUGAGCAUCCUGGGGUUGGCCCUCGCUCCGGUCACAGCCGGAGGAAGCCUGAUGCUUUCUGCCGCUGGUCAAGGUUUGGGGGCAGUAGCUGGGGUGACCAGCCUGGCCAACAGCGUUUUGGAAUACCGUCACAAUAAACAGGCCCAAGCUCAGGUCCGCAGCGAAUUGUCUGCCCCUGACCAAAAGGUCAAGGAGGCCGUGAGCCAUAUCGUGGAGGUCGGAAAGACUGUCAGUUACUGUGGGAAAACCAUCGAAGGCAUCAGGAAGAACAUGAGGGCCUUAGAGGUAGCCAGGGCCCACCCGCGCCUGGCUGCGGCCGCAGAGCGUCUCCUCCUCACUGGCCAAGCCUCGGCCCGCACGACCAGGCAGGUGCAGAGGGCCUUUAGAGGCACCCCGCUGGCGCUGGGGAGUAAGGCGUUCUUGCGGAACGGCGCCUUGGCUGGCCUCUUCCUCGGCAUGGACGUGAGCAGCCUCGUGAAGGACUGGAAGCAGCUGCAGCAGGGAGCCAGGACCGAGCUGGCGGACUCGCUGAGGGCCCAGGCGGAGGAGCUGGAGAGACAGCUGGCAGAUCUCACCCAGCUCUAUGAGAACCUGCAGAAACUCUCGCAGGAAAAAAGCCUUGGGGGCUCACCUUCCGAGGAAGAGGAAGCCGGGGCGACUCUGCCUCAGCCCCGAGCCAAGCAAGAGGAGGCAGGACCCCGGGCCACAGCAAUCGCAGCCAUCGCCGGAUAGGAUCCUCCUUUGUCUGCACACAAAAGGACUGGAACCUGCUCGACCAGAUUCCAUUGGGAGUUCGGGGCCUCCUUCGGACGGGACUUAAGAACUGUGGGCACCUUCCUGCCUUCCCCCGCUCACCUGCCUUAAACAUACGCUUGUGUGGUGCUCUCUUGAAAGUAGUGCAUUGACAUUAAAUACACUUUUUAAAAUUCCAGAAUGUAAAAACAAACAAAUAAAUAAGGGGCGGGUGCUAACCUGCUUGCUGGCU